AUGACUCAGAAUUUGCCUUCCUCCAGUCGGACAGAUACCAUGGUAUCUGUCCAACUGGACGGUCUCAUCAAAUUUCUCCAGUGUCUUUCCCUCGACAAUCAGAAGGCACUGUCUCAGGCCUUAGACAUUGGCACGGACACAGGCACCGAUGGUGAUACAUCCAAUGAUAACAUCACCGUCAGAAUGGGCCUGGGCCCUGCCACUGGCAGCACUGAAACAGCAUCGGCCGCUCUUCCCACUGUCUCUGAUGACCCCCCUGCUACAACCAUUGACAGUCUCAGGGAAGCUGCACCAGUUGCUUCUCCUGGCGCAGCUGCUGCCUCUAGUGCUGGCACUGCUCCUACUUCUGCCCCCACUCCUACUUCUGCCCCCGCAACUGCACAUGCUGCUGCUCCCACUGUGGUUCCUGCAGGAAAUGUCACUGUCUAUGUCGAUUAUGAGGAAUAUGACUCCUCUGAUGACGAAGAUGCAGCCACUGCAGCUGCUGCACUUGCGAACGAUUCCACGUUGAUUCAUUACCGCAAUACCUACUUCAAUGUCCCAGUUGACGCCACCCCACCACUCUAUUAUGUGACUCAAGGUCGCUACAUCGGCAUCUUUUCAGGCUGGGAUGCAACCGGUCCAAAAGUGCUCGGUGUCUCUCGAGCCAUCUACCACAAGGUGGAUUCCAUCGAGCAAGGCAUAAACAUCAUGAAGGGUGCAAUUGAUUGUGGUGACGCUUCACAGGCAUUGUAA